AUGACUGCAAGGACGCUAACAAACGUGGUCAACGACCAAACGGUAGCGUUGAAUGCCAUGAUAUAUGGCUAUGCCGGCCACUCACUCGUUACACCCCACGCUGCGCUUCAGCAGAUCUGGUGGACCGACGAGAGAAUCAACGAGAAGGUCACAAAGGACUUUGUUACUUCGCGCCUGCAGCCCCGCGAAAGGGAACGCCUAACUCAGCCUGUGGGUUUCGGCGAUUUGUCAGACGACACCUACUUGGAAUGGAUCCUAGAGAAGGCCCGACGCCUGUUUCUCGUACUGGCUGAGAUCGGUGAAGCAGAUGGCAUAUUCGCCGUGGUCGAUCGAUCGUGGGACGAUGAUGACCUGCCGCUAGAGAUGGACGACAUCGAGCAGCUGGCGCUUUCAAACAGACGCGACGAACAUGCUAGUGCCCGCUUCUACUCCACACAGUUCACCUUCCUCCUGCGAGAACUCCAAAACGGUGUGCACAUAGACUACGCGCCAAACGAGGAGGUUCCGUUGGAGUACGUCAUGGGUCUUCCACCUGCAGCUAGCCUCCAAAACUGGUCGCGUGUGCACCUGCCGAGAAGACCCAAAGAUGUUUACGUCCGGAGGAAGUUUGCUUUGGGAAACCCAGAGUCGUCGACCGCUUUGGAAUCCGUCUUCAUGAUGGACGUAGAGAGCGCUCGCAUGAUUGAGCAUGAUCACAUCGCUCCUGUGUGGGCUUCCUAUACAGCCAAAGGCACCGGCUAUGUGCUGACCAGCUUUGUCGGGCAACAUACUCUCCGCACUUUCAUCGACCAUCGAGAUCCAAUCCAAUAUAGGAAGCUACCCAAACCAGAGAGGAGAUGGCUCCUACUGAACUGGAUGCAUUGCUUGGUGGAUGCGGUUGCGACUCUGCACCAGAAUGGAUUCUGCCACUCCGCGAUACGACCAUCGAACAUCAUCAUCGACGACCGCAAUGCCAUUGCAUUUAGUGAUAUCAGUAGCCUCGAGACGUUCCAAAAAGACAAGAGACCGGAUCCAACAGACGCAUACAUCUACAGCGCGCCAGAGACACAGUCGACACAACCCGCCCUUGAUUCUUUGGACCCAAAGGCUCCAGCGCCAACUUCGGUUCCUUUCAACACACGAACCUCUGUCACAAGCAAAAGCUCAGCAAGAUCGUCCAAUAGCAGCAGUUCAUUGGGAAGGAAGCUAUCCAAGGCCUCGACCAACGACCUCGGUGCGUUUAAUUUUGGAUUCCGGCGGACCAAACCAGCUCUAAAGCCACGAUCAAGAGUUCAUGAAACCGAACAAGCGGACAUGUUCUCGCUUGGCUGCGUCUACCUAGAGAUUGUGACCUUUAUGCUGAAGAAGAAGCCUCACGAAUUCGUCAAGCAUCGUUCCACCAAGCAAAGGACCAACUCAGGCGGCAAAAGCGGCCGGACAGAUUCGUCUUACCACUUCAAUCUGGGAAAGGUGGAGAGUUGGAUGAACAUCCUUGAAAAAGCGUCUUGCGAGCACGACGAGGAUGCUUUUCGCGCGAUCCCGCACAUCCUGACGUUGAUACGCAGCAUGUUGAGUGCGACUCCAGCUGCUCGACCGACGGCUCGAAGCGUUCGCGAUGAACUGCUUGAGAUCUUGAAUGCCUACACUACCAUUCCGGAUGUGCAUUGUGGAGCGCACAAACACGACUUUGGAUUCAGUCGAUCAUCGACCUCCGGAUCUGAUCGAGCAUUGAGUGUAACGUCGCUGCGAACGAUAUCGACAAUGAGCUCCGGAUCAGAUGCAGACACCAUACGUCUGUCAACCUCUUCCAUGACUCGAGUGAACUCCGUUGUCAACUCUUACUCCGACCGUAUGACCCUUGCAGGAAUCUCGGAAGACGACAGUGCUUCGAUACGCACAAUGGAAACCUUUUUGCCCACUUCUUACAACCGCACACCCCGACUUCCCCCGUUAGUCAGCUCAUCGGGCUCACCAACGGCAACAAGAACCCCGACUUCUCCUCGUUCUUCGGAGCCACCAUCAAGUCCAUCGAGUCCAUUAAGAUCCAACUCGUCAACACAGAAGAAAUCUUGGAAAGGAUCUUUCUUCCGCAUGCCUUGA